AUGGCUUUAGGCGCGCCCCUUAUCUUAUCUCUUGCCGUUGUUGGCUGCUUGUCCAUUUACAAGGCAGUGCUAUGGUUGCUGUCAACCCGACGGCCACCAAACUAUCCCCCCGGUCCUAGGACGCUUUUUGGCUUGGGGAAUAUUCACCAGAUUCCACUGUCGUUGCCCUUCUUGAAAUAUGACAGCUGGGCAAAGGAGUACGGCCCCAUUGUCGGGCUGAAACUCGGGCCUGAGAACAUGAUCAUGCUGAAUGACGCCUCCCUCAUCUACGAACAUAUCAUCAAGCGUGGCCAGCACUUUUCUGAGCGGCCCCCGCGGUAUAUCGCCCAAGAGCACAUCCUGCCAGACGCGCGGAACACGUAUAGUCUUUUCAUGCGCAAUGAUUACAGCCGACGGCUGCGUACCAUCACCAAACAGUUCCUCGUCGGCGCGGGACUGUUUAAGCUGGCCCCCAUGCAGAAAGCUGCGGGGACGCGUCUCAUCUAUAACCUUUUCCAGUCCAGUGAUGACUGGAUGGAACAUAUUAUGCAAUGGGGUGUAUCGACGCCGGUUGCUAUGCUGAGCGGAGCCCCGGUUGAAGACUUGGGUGAGAACUGGAUACACGAUUACCAUUACUCGCAGGGCCUGAUGGAGGAGCUCGUCGAUCCUGCUAGUGCCCCUCCGGUCGACAUCUUCCCUAUACUCCGCUGGGUGCCGUCUUUCUUCGCCGAGUGGAAGCGCAAGGCGCCGCUGACACGCAAAGCUCUGCUCCAUGCCUAUGGAGUCAUGAUGAAACAGGCUAAACAGCCUCGUCAUGGCAGAUUCCAAUCACUCAUCCCCAAACUCCUCGAACAGUCCGUCGAUCCAUCCACUGCGCCCGACGGCCGCUUCACAGAACAAGAGAUUAAGUUGAUGAUGGGUGGAAUGCUAGACGCGGCCGUGGACUCUUCUGUAGUCACCUUUCAAAUUAUCCUUCUCGCACUGGCCGCCCACCCAAAGGCCCAGCGCCAGGCCCAAGCGGAGAUCGACACCGUCUUCAAGAGCGGCACGGCUCUACCCGACACUAUCGACUUGGACGAACUGCCGUAUCUCAACGCCUGUGUGACUGAAGCUCUGCGGUGGCGCCCAGUGUCUCCUCUUGGCCUGCCACGAAAGGUCACAGACGAUGAGAUCGUCCUGGGAUACCGCAUCCCUAAGGGCUCGACCGUCGUCCUCAACCAGUGGUCCAUCCAGCAGGAUCCGGAGUUCUACGAAGACCCGGAUCGCUACAUUCCAGAGCGGUUCAUUCAGGACCAAUUUGGCGCUAGAAAGGGGAUUUCACAGCUAGGACGGAAAACGCUGUACACUUUUGGCGCCGGACGCAGGGAGUGCCCUGGAAAGGACUUUUUCUUCCAAAACAUGAGACUGGCAUUUGUGCAGAUCCUGUGGGCAUUUGAUAUCGUCCCGACUGAGCCGUUGCAUGUUGACAUUCACAAUGGGUUCACAUCUUCUGUGGUGCUGAGGCCGAAGCCGUUCAAGGUUAAAUUUGUCCCGCGGCGAGCGAAUUUGGAUGAUAUCCUGCUUGAAGAGAAGCGAAAGGCUGACCUUGAGUUCAAGGAUAUUCUUACCUAG